AUGUCGUCUUCAACUGAAAAUACUCAUUGUCCUGGUAUUGAUUACCUUAUAAUUAUUAAUCUUGAAGCUACGAUCUCUGAAGAAAUAUCACAAUCUACUAUACAAGUAACGAAGGCCUCACAGUCACAACGUAAAAGUUUUUGUAAGGAAACGGCAGAAAUUAUUGAAUUUGCAUGGGCAAUAGUAGAUACAAAAAAUUUUGAAGUGGUUCGUGUUAUUGAAUACUCUUAUAUAUCAAUUUUUGAUCUGCAUUUUAUCCAAUAA